UUAAUUCUUCUAAACCCUUUUUCAAACCUAAGAACGUUAUUUUUGUUUAAGGCUGGCAACGUCGUGGAGCCUGCGCUCUUUUGUCGGUGGUGGAAACAACAAAAGGACAAUAAAUAACAAGCCAAACUGGAAUGGGCCACAACACAACAAUUGUCGCUCGCCGACUUUAGCGGCAUCGAUUUUGAAGGGGAGAACACAUCCACAUUUACAGCGUAAACGGAAGGACACCCACGGGGAUUUGCGAGUGCAGGAAUCAAGGAGCCGGGAAGGGAAAAGCAAAGAAAGAACCAGUCCAGCUCGUUUGCUGAGCCAGUUUUGAUGUCCUUAGACAAACGCUAUUACUUCGGAGCGGAUCUGGAGGACAAUGCGGGUGCCAUCUGCAAGGACGACGGCAACAACAACGAACCGGAAGUGGAUAAGGACGACCACGAUGCGGACGAAUCGGAGUUUCUGCAGGAUGUGCCCUACUCCUCAAGCAGCAUCGACCGCAGCUCGGUGGGCUCCAUUCCGUGGGCGGACGACGCCAUCAAGAAAAACCUGCUAGAUUGGGAAAGGGUAGAACGUUUGAUGAGCGGAGAGGAUUCCUUGGAGGAUCUGCAGGAGCCGGAGUUGCGCAACGAGAUCGCCGACUGGCAGCGAAAGUUCCCGAGUCUGCUGGGCCGCAGGACACGUUCACUACGCCAUCAUAGUUUCGAUAGCCAGACUCGAGAGGACAUCGACUCCAUUUCAAACCUCAGCCUGAAUUCCCUGGACGAUGAUGAUGAUGAUGAUGAAGGCGACGAUGGGUUCCUCACACCCAAGGCUGAGGAGUACCAGCCCCUGCACCGUCCCUACAUGCGUGCCAGUCAGAAGAAGCUGGUGGAUCUGCUAGACCGAGAUCUGCGCGUUACCUCUGUUUCGGUGAAGUUGCUUAAGCGCCAGCGGAGUCAGCAGUACCACCAGCCCCCGAUGCCCAUCUCCUCGGCCACAAACCAAUCAUCGGCCCGCCUGCGCAUGCCACCCAUCCUAAACGUGCUGGACACCAACCGGCGAUUCCGGGGAUUGCUUAACAACCGCAGCUUUGUUCAACUCACUCAGGUGCAGCAGAAGGAACAGCUGCAGCACCAAAACCAGGCCAAGUCCGCCGUGCUGCCGCACCAGGGCCAUCGAUCCUCAGCCUGGCACAUGCCCAUGGCCGCCAAUCGCUUCUUCAACAAUAAAAACGCCGUGGUGCUGCCCUCGCUGAAUCUGAGUAGACACAGCCGGGAUCUGUUGGCCACCACCACGGGGACUUCGAGCCAGAGCAAUUCGAGCGGCGGCGGCGGGCACAACAGCCACGGUGGCCACAGCAAUAGUUCCUCCAACCGCUCCAUACUGCAUCCUUUCGGAGCGACCAGCGUUUCCAGCAACACUCCGUCCACGGGGCGCUCCAUCUCGGCGGCAGUCCAUCAUCCGCGGUCCGAGUUCGCCCCGAGCAGUGCCUUUUACAUACCCUACAGUGCCUCGAAAUUCAAAGCCUUCAAGUAACCUCAAACAAUAAAACUGAACUCAAAAGAAA